AUGCUCAUACAGAAAUUCUUUUCGCUCGUUCCAGGGGAAGACAAAAACUUGGAACACCUUGUAAAUGAGCUAGCCCAAUCUAAAAAGAAUAUCAGGAAAAUACAACAUUAUGGAGCAAAGGAGAGAGGCGAUGACAGUUCCAUGCAUAAAGAUGAUGUCAAUCGGAAGCUAGAAAAGUUAGCUAUCACACCAUUUGGAUCCAGGAGAAAUGCAAGCGAGAAGGAUAAAUGGUGCAGCUUUAGGCAAAGGAAGAACAAUGCCGAGAAAGGUUCACCUAGUGUGUCCCAAAAAAAUAAAAAAACUAAGAUCGAUGUUAGUAAAGAUAUUAAGGCAAACAAAUGCGACUCCCCCACCAGCGCUAAGUUCGAUUUGUCCAGCAUCAAAGAAAAUGAACUUUUCCAAAGGAUUUUUAAAACGGUUGAAAGAGAAAAUAUAAAAUGCAAGAAUGAAAAAUUAAAAAGCAAAUGUGAAAAACUGAAAAAAUUGAAAGACAAUGUAGGGCACCAAAAUGAACAUGUAAAAAGCAAAAAUGUGAAUGAAGGCAAUAAAGACCAGCUAACAGAAUUAUUAAGCGAAUUUAGGAAAGUUCUGAGUGAUAAGAAGAAGACAUAUGCCACUUUGAAAAUCAGGACUAGAAGUUUUGGAAAGGAACGCGCAUCUUUUUCUCUCUAUCCCGACAACGACGUCGAAUGCUACAACAUGCACUACAGUAGUAAGGGCGAAAACGCUAAAAACGGUUCAUGCGUUCCAGUUUAUGAGAAAAACGAACAAAGGGAGAAAAGUAAAGAGGAUACAAAAAUGCCAAGGAUGCGACCUCCCUACCAAUAUGCCCAGGAAAAAAUAGCUCAAAGGACAGACCGCAGAAUUAGCCGCAGCAGUAGCCACAACCAGAAAGGAUGCUCCUCCAGCAGGAUUAAUCAAAAUGAUUUAAUAAAUGCAGAACGAACAAAUACACCCCGACAGAAGGAGCAUCGAAAUGAAAAAACUCACAGCCAAUGUGAAAACCAAUCCGUUAUGGGAGGGGAAACUCCUAUGAAAGGCAAAAAAUUGCCACCCGUGUGGGAGGAAAGAAGUAGUUCUAGUAGUAGCAGAGGCGAUAAAUCACCAGGUCAAUAUUACAUACGCUCUUGUAGCAGCAAUAUUUCUGUGCCAAGUAGUAAUAAUUACAAAACAUGUAAAAACAAACACAGCGUUUCUAAGGAAAAGGAUAAAAUGUGCGAACAGGUCAAUGACGCCAAAACAGUUAGAAUGGAUCGUAAAGACAAGAAUGGGAAGAAAAAAGAAAAAAAAAAAGCAGACAAAGCUCUGGAUAACAAAUUAUAUAAUCAUAAGAAUAAGCGCAGUCACACAAGUAGAUACAUUUUUCGAAAUGCUUAUACACCCCCCAGAAGUGCAUCAAAGUACAAGUCACUGCAUUGCAGACUUCAUUCAAUUGAUGAUCCAAUGGGGGGACACUACUCCCCCGAAUGCGACAACUCUUACGGUAAGAAAUUCCAACUCCUAGUGGUAAAAAAGAAGAGGAAAAAAAUGAACAUGAAAAUUUUUGCCAAAACGAAGAUAGAAAAGCAUAUGCAUACAACAAGUGGAGGAAUUCAUACACUCGAAGUGAAGUCUCCUAACUCCCGAAAUGGAUGUACCAACAGCGUAAAGGAGGACUGCCAUAGGUACUCAUCAAUUGGGUCCAUUAAACACACCAGAGAGAACUCAGACAGUUGCAAAGAUGAUCGAUUUGACCAAGACAUGGUUACAUCAUGUGGGAACGAAUUGAAGAACCAACAAACUAAUUCCAAUGAGGAUGAAGAGAACUCAAGCCACUUUAAAGAAAACAAAAAAAGUGGUCUCUCUGAAAAAGACUUGCAUAAAAUGAGCCAUAAUGGUAAACCAGUUUAUCAAAUGCACGAAGGGGAAGCUGAAGUGUGUGCCCCUAAAGUUGAAGACAAAGCACAAAACACAUAUGUAGACUCCAAAAGGAGGAAAAGUACGGGCGAAAGUAAAAUACAAAUACGACAUAAUAAAAUUGAAGAAGAACGAGGUUCAUUUAAAUGUGCGCCGAAAAGAGCAGCUAACCUAAACAACUCGAAGAGCGAAAUUGCGGAUCUGUUAACCCAUGUAACCGGAAAUACAACAAGCAGAAGCAACACCAUAAGUAACACCCCCUGUGAAAGACCACUUGGUGGAGACUUGGACGAAACUACUGAGAAGUUAAACAGAGGGAGCACUUCCAUUAUGGGCCAUAGCAUAGUAGCAGAAAUAGGAACAGAUUAUCUAUGGAAGGAUUCCAAUCUAGUGAAGCUAAAUAAAAAAGGGUCCGAAUUGCCACAUAAGGGGGAAAACAUAGAACCUGGAAAACAGCGCAAAAAAGGGAAAGCAAAUUUCAUAUGUAGUGACGUGCGUGAUGAUCCACAAAGCAAUGACCAAGGAAAGAAACAUAUAGUCCAGGACAUACUAUCCUUCUACACUCGACACAAAAAUAAGCUGAACUUUCUCCUGCAGGAGGAAUAUAAUUAUUUAUGCGGGCUAAGGGAUUACGUUAGUAAAAAUGCUCAAGAAUCAGAAGGAGGGAAAAAAGAUGAUUCACCCGAUGGCACUUCCACACAUGAGUGCUGCGAAGGAAACAACCUUUUAAUUAACGAACUAGUGCACCAGAUAAAUAACUGCAUAUCGGAAAAAAAUAAGUUGCACAAUUCGUGCGAUGAGGGAGAUCUUUCAACAAAUCAGAUUAAAAAAUGCGAUUGCAGAAAAGGCAAAGAAAAUUUUAUGUAUCAACUAUACAAAGACGAUGCAGAUGUGCAUCAAAUUUGUGUUCAAACAGACAAAAGAAUCAAGCGAAUUGAAUAUUAUCUAAAUCAAAGUGAGAAAAAAUAUUUGGGCAAAAACAAUAGCAUCACUAAGAAAGCAACUGCUGCCUUUUCAAAAAAUUCAUCAAACGAUAGUUCCUCCAAUAACAGUGCACCUUCUUGCAAAGACAGCUUGGUACAAAGUAAACAACCUGAUUGUCCUUUUCGACGUGCAUACAUGACCAGUCUGCGUAAUAGUGGGGCAGAAAUGAAUCACAUGAUGAUGAGAAAAAAAAACCUCUCUUGGAGGGGCUCAACAAUGACAAAGCGGGAGCCCAAAGGAGCUUCCAUUAGUGCAGCAAUGAAUAAAAAAGUACUUGUGCGAAAAUAUGUUAGUUUCCAGAAGGGCCUUUGUUCAAUAACACAUUUUAAAUACGAGCUACUCUACAGAAUUAAGGUGUCUAAAUAUCUCUUACACAAUUGGACAAAAUUGGGAGGACAUUAUAGGGCCAGUUCCAAUUAUACCUUAAGGGGCAUAAAAUGUGCAGCAGCAACUUUCUCUCACCCGUGUGAUAGAAGUUUAAUGCGUUUUAAAGGAUCCCUUUGUCUGUUCAAUUACAAGCCAUGUGUGCACCACUCCAAAGCUAACGCCUUUUAUUUUUGCUACAUGUUGUGUACGAAAGGAAGAAGCAAUUUCCAUAAAAGGAUUGUGAAUGGGCACAAUCGAUCAAGAGACCCAAAAUAUCAAUAUGCACAAAAAAUUGAUCAUGGAGAGUUCAGUAAUUAUUUAAAUUGUACAGAUGGAUACACAUUUGGGAAAAACAAUAAGACAUACCCGAAUGCCCAAAGGCAUAGGGAAAAUAAAGAGAAAAAAAUAUUCACUAUGCAGACACCAAGUUGUGAAAACAAUUUUGUUGUAACAAGAACGAACUCGAAUUUUAGCCACAACAAUUGUACCCCUUUCUGUGGAGGGGAAUCGCUUAACUGUGCGCAUUCUACUAGGAGCGUGAUGAAACAGGCUAUUAAUAGUAUGUCGUGCAGUGGGGGGAAAUACAUCACUAAGAAAGAGAGUGCUAGUUUCGCUUCAACCAAUUUAAGGUGGAAUCCGGAAAGCACCCCAGAAGAAGGAGCUACAUGUGAGAGUUCUACUCACCGAAUGGCUAACUCCAUGUGGGCUACCUCCACAUCAACAUAUGUUACACAAACGGGGGGAAAAAACAACCCCCUUAAAAAUGAUAUCCCCACGAGUAGCUCACUGAAUCAUUUGAACAGAAAUUUAAACACAGCCAAUGCUGGUCACGUAAAUCCUAAUUUGUUAAGCGAUAAGGAAAAACGCGAACAAUUGUACGAUAAUACUGCAGGGAGAACAAAAUACAUGCAGUCUGCUAACUCGAUAAAAUCGUUGGGCAUUAAAGAAGAGUCAACUUUAAAUGGUAAACUUAUGUGUGAGCCUAAUUACCCGUUUGAAAAACAACUGACGCGAAUAAAUCACCACAUGCGAGGUUCUCAAAAAGACAAUUUUACUUUACCAAAUGAAAACAAUUAUCUGAAAAAUUCGAUCACUGUAGAACAACCCAGCGCGCAUUUUAACUUGAGUGAUAAUUGUACAAGCGGGGGGAAGCAUGCAGAAUGCUUGAGCUUCCCAAAUGUGGGACACACCGCGGAGUAUACCCCACAAAGAGAAUGGUACAUCAAUGUUUACGAAAAUAAUUGUGAUACAAAUGACAGCUUGGGGAAAAGCAAAAAUAUGUACCAACUAAACUGCUCAUAUGACCAAAUGGUAAAUUCACUGUGCACAAGCAGAGGGCAUAUUGCGCACGGAAAUGUUGGAAAGAACAAAAUUUGCAAAGAACAAGUAAAAUACAAAAAAAAAUUCAAUGUAAUUAACGAUGAAGAAGGUCAAAAUGGAAAAGACAAUGUGUCCAAGUUAUGGGUGGAAAAUUUUAACGAAGUGCGUGAACAUAAUAGGGAUAGCGACACCCACAGUAGGAGACAGGAUAAAUGCCAGUUAGUCUCCCAAGUGGGGAAGAAUAUCCCAGGCGAGAAGAUUAAUGUGAACAAAUCGGAUAACACCGCUACCGCUGAUGGAUUGGACAAGUGUUAUAUAGACUGGCUCAUCAAUGGUGACAGGCGCUCCUCAAGGAAUAUAGGAGCAAAAUUAAAGAAAAAAAAAAAAAAAGCAAAUAAUAUUCCACAUGCUGAGAAGGACAAAAAUGGAAACACGCCGAUUCAAAAUGCACACUGCUUCGAGAAGGAAAAAAAAAAAGGGAAUUCCCCAGAAAAGGAGCUAACACAAGGUGAAACACAUGCAGCGCAAAUGAAUCAUAUCAGAAGCGACCGCAAAGAAAUUGGCGCGACGACAUGGUCCUCACGAAGUGGUCAACACAACGUACAAUUAAGUCCACCUUUCGACGCAAGACACUGUAACAAUAAAAAGGAAAAUAAAAAUAUGGACAAAUAUUUAAAUUUUGAAAAAAGAGAAAGUUACAAUUUCUUCGAUGAUGCGGUGGACACAUUCGACAGGGUCAUGCGCGAAGAGAAUUCCAAACCGUUCAAUACUCAUCUGGGCGUAAGCAAAAAUGAGAUACAGACAAAAUGGGAGGAACUAAAAAGGCGUGAUAAUAAUCCAGAGGAAUACUCAAAUUUCGCCAAUUCGUCAAACGGAAAGAUGGAGGAAAGUUACUUUUUCCCUUCAUGGAACGAAAAACAAAAUUCGAAAAAAUUAAAAUAUGAUAUCAAUGAGCAUAUAGACGGAGACACGCCUCUUAAUUGGAACCCAUCCUCAAGCCACCCCCAAAAGGGGAUAAUUGACGCAAAGGAAUAUACGAUGCAGAAAGAAGACUCCCCACGGAUGGACAAACAUGGCAAGGAAGGCAACGUCUUCAUGAGUAACGACAAUACAGUCAACACAGAGUAUAACGAAAGAAUGAACAACCAUUUCAACCAAUCCCGAUUUAGCGAUUUUUACAACUCGAACAACUUUUCUCAAAGCUUCAAUUUUACAGAAAACGAUAGGGCUGUAAGAGGGAGCAGCAAUUGUGAUAGUAUCUCUCAUAAUGCUGUUAACACAAAUAAGUUAGAUCAAAUUAUUGAGAAAAUAAAAAAAUGGAAUGAACACAUUUCAAAUGAUGUAAACUAUAUACAGUGCCUAUUUUGUGAUAAGUAUUUAUUCAAAGUGGAAAAUCAUCACGACAGGGACAUAGUGAACUCUUCGAUAAACGAAUCAAUGAACAAAGAAAAAUAUACUUGUUCGAUCUGUAAACAUAAAAUAAGAAUGCUAAAUAAAUACAAGGAUGGGGUACAAAAUGGAAAGCACGUUGACACACAAAAAGGGGAGUAUUUUGAAGACAAGUUAAAGGAUGGUAAAAAAUUUACUCUUCACAAUGCAGAGGGUGAAGUAGACUUUUUAAAAACGGAAAAAUUCGAAAACUCACUUGGCAUCACUUGCUCUGGCAGCGAUAAAUUUUCCACGUCCCUGCCAACGGAUGCAUCGCUAAAAGAUGCAUCAUUAAAAGAUGCGUCGCUAAAAGAUACUUCACUAAACAGUGAUGUUCCUAAAAAGGGUGCUUACCAUAGCGGAAGAAAAAGUGAAUGUGGAAAUGCCUUCGGUGACAACUGCUCCCUUGCUGCAAACAGCGGAAUUGAUGACCAUCCCCAGUUUGAUAAAUGUAGCUCCGAAAAUGAAGCGCUUUCUUUUCACAACAAAAAUUUAAGUUACCCCCGCGGUUUUGCCAUGUUUGAUGACGCGGCUAGGAACGGCUCGUGUGCCAGCAACGUAAAUUCGGACCUGUUCCAUUUCGAGGAGCUCCGCCCGAAAAGCGGCAGCGACUGCUAUAGCGACAGUGACAGUGACAGCGGCGAGGCUAUUGACGACAAAAGCACGAGAAGCAGUGGUGAGAACCCAGUGCACACAUACUCGUUAGACAACGGAAUCAAAAUAUAG